AAAUGGGAAUGAAACACUAGAGGUCUCUAGUUGAUUAUCUUGUUCUUAUCACGCACAAAAUAUAAUUACAACUUAACAAUCCUAACCUUUUUUAAUGUGUUAUAUUAGAUGACAAUCGAUCUUAAUUGUGUAUUAUUUCAUUAAAAUAAGAAAAAAAGGCUUCCGAUAAAGGAGAGAAAUAAUGAAUGUUCAAAUAAGGUUUCCUUACGAGGGUUUAUUACACAAAUAUACAAAUGCGAUGAAAGGAUGGCAGUAUCGCUGGUUUAUUCUUAGUCCUGAAACUGGUGAAUUACAUUAUUUUCUUAGUGAAUCCGAGAAAAAUCAACGACCACGUUGUUCCAUAUAUUUAGCUGGUGCAGUUAUAGCACCUAGUGAUGAAGACUCCAAUACUUUCACUGUUAAUUCUGCCACAGGAGAUAUGAUAAAAUUAAGAGCUACUGAUGCUAGAGCACGACAGGAAUGGGUAGACAAACUGAGAGCGGUUACAGAAAUGUAUACAAGAGCGAUAGCUAGUAGUCAUCCUCCUUUACCGCCAAGAGAACAUUCCACUAAUGCCAGCAGAAAUCCUGUUGCCAAAUUAGAAGUCCUUGAUGCAUUCGCUAAUUGCCAGGAACAAUUAAGAAAAGUUGAAAAGCAUAAUGCUGCGUUGGCACAAUCCAUUGAAAAUUCUAGUAUGAAUUUAGACUCAGAUUUAUUAGUCCUUAAAGCUAUGGCUCAUACAACGUUACAUACAUUAAAUCAAUGCCUUAAUAUAUUAUACCAAUGAAAUAAUACUCUUCGAGAGAGAUGUUUUAAAAAAAAAAAACACUUGAUACGCAAAUAUUCAUUCAAUGAUUCUCUUCCUCGUGUAGGAAUAUAUUCAAGCAUAUCUAAUACAUUUCAUUUUAUUUCCAUUUUAUACUCUUUCAUUUUAAAUAAGUCUGUUUACUUAUUGAUAGUGUAUAAAUCAAAAGAAAAAGUUCUUCCAAGACAAGUUCUAAUAAAAAGUUGAUGAGAUCUCUUA